GGUCGAAAUUGAGAAUUAGAAGAAAUUGUGGAGGCACUUGUCUUCUGCGUGACUCAGCUCCAUUGUGACAGCCCCUAGCUGAUCUCGGGAGAAUUACGCUUGCUUGAGGAUCGUAUAAUUAGAGGCACAGGAAUCGCUGGACCUCUAAGUUUUUAGACGUUUACGAAUGUUCCGAACGAUGCAACGAUUUUACGUGUUUUCCUUCGGUACUCCUGUCCUCGAUGCAUCAGGAUUCCCCUUCGCCUCUUCGCAGGGGUGAAGCUUUCCUUCUUUGGAUGGUGCAUUCUUUCGUGUUUCCUGUUCCAAUUGCUCUUCUGGCGUUUUGCAUCUUCGAGAGUUAUGAGCAUAGUUCGUUUGCACAAGUCAAUUCUCCUAUAUCCCCUUGAUUCGAGGUAGUGAACCCAUUCCGAGGCGCUAUCUGAUCACAGGGAGAACUGGAUCACUCGGGUUACGAAUAGUCAAACUCAAAGCAGCAUAAUCCGAAACCUUUGAAGCGCGUGGUGAACAGCCGGGGUUUCAGUCCAAGCUGCACAAUUUCGAUCCACCAGUGCCACCCAACACAUGGCACCUCCUUCCGCAAUGGAUUGGGCUAAAGCGGUAGUGUACAAGCCAAUUGAGAUAGACGACGACGUAGAAAUCGCACUAUCCAACCGCAGCAAUACCUUAAACUGCAACGAGAAAAUCGACCCAUUGUUGUGCGACGAACCUGAUGAAGACGAGAAACCAAGAAGACAUUUGUCGAUUAGGAAUUAUCAAAAGCUCAAGCAUUAUUGUCUUUGCAGUAUCUUGGUCAUCAGUUCUAUAAUCGCCCAAUUCGACUAUGUAGCUUACAAAUUCUCCAUUUAUUCCUCGCAUCCUGGUGAGACGAUGCUCAGGCCCUGGCUCAUAGUUCUCAUGUUCUGCGAGUGCUUGUAUUUCAUCACCACCCUGCUAUCGGCAGUCGACCAUCUGAUACCGCCAAGCAACCGACCGGACCUGGGAUUACUAAACACUAGCCUGGCCAACACACCAACAGUGGACAUUUUCAUUCCUUGCUGUAAGGAGCCCACUGAAGUACCUAUAGAAUCUGUCAAGGCAGCUCUAGCUCUUGACUACCCUGUUGAUCUAGUAAAGGUGUUUGUCCUUGAUGAUGGCGGCGACGACGACCUCCGAGCCUUUUGCGAUGCCAUCAAGGUUGAGACUGCGGGGAGGGUGGUGUACAUUCGCCGAGAGAAGAAGGAAGGGGUGCCCCAUAACUUCAAGUGCGGCAACAUGAACAAUGGGCUGAAGUACUCAAAUGCUGAGUAUGUGGUUAUGAUGGACGCGGACAUGAUACUCCAUCCCUCCUAUCUGCGUCGACUCUUGCCGCACAUUGUGAGCUCCUCAGACGUGUCCUUCGUCCAGAUCCCUCAGGCAUUCUACAAUCUCCCAAUUGGAGACCCAUUGAACGAUUGUUCCAGCUUGGGUUAUGACCGAAUUCUCCCGAGCAGAGACACCCUGGGAACUGCAGCCUGCGUCGGCACUGGUGCGAUGUUUCGUCGCAAGUAUCUGGACCAUAUUGGUGGAUUCCAGCCGCAAUCCAUCACAGAAGACACAAUGACGGCUUUCACGUUAUGGAACCGAGGGUACGAGUCCGUGUAUAUCGAUGAGAAGCUGCAGAUCGGGCUUACUCCUUGGACAUUCGAGGGUUAUAUCAAACAAAGGACGAGGUGGGGGAAGGGUGCAAUCCAGCAAUUUUCAGCUUCUGCGAGAGCUUGUUUGGGUAGGGAGAGCCAGCUCAACUUCAUUCAAAAGAUCUUGUACUUUUACCACACUGGCUACUACUUCGUCUCUUUUGUCAAUGUGCUGUUGAUGGGGACUCUGCUAUGCGCUCUAGCCUUCAACUGGAAUCUUUCGGUCGGGACUGCAGCUGAAAAUGCCACUCUUGUAAAACAUCUAGCAAUAUACCUGUUGAUGUUCCGCGUCACAUGGUUCGCUCUCUGGCUAAACAUGCCCCAGGGCCUCAUGAUGCGCAACAGAGAGGAGUCCCACUUCUGGUGGAUCACGCCUUAUUUUUUAGAAAUGUGCAUCGAAUCAUUGGUUGACUUCAAAUCGACUUACGACUUCGUGCCCACCAGCAACAUUGACAAAAACGCUGCGGCUGCUCAGACGUCACAAUCCGGCCCAGUUUCUUCGUGGCUUACGAAGUACAAAAACCAAGUGGGUCAAGUCAAGUAUCAUUUAGCAUUUGUGAUCACCUCGAUGGCUGUGGUGUUGUACCGCGCCUCUGGUGCGUUCUUCACCGGCAACUGCAGUGAGAUAUUCCUUGUAGUGGGGCUUUCUGUCUUCUUCGUCAGUGUGGGAGCACACAUGAUGAUUCCCGUAAUAUACGUCUUCUUCCCACCCAGCUUCAAGCCUUCACAGCGCAAGUCUCUUUUGCGGUACAACGCUGAUGGGGUUCCUCAGUUCACUCCCGAAGAUGGUAUUCCCAAGUGGUCAUCGGGAGUGAUCCCUUACGAGAUUCUGACAUGGAUAAGUCUGGUCUUCUGGUUGGCAGCCUUGGUGUUCGUGAUCGUUGACCCUCUCGGUGCUACCUUACAAUCAAGGUGCAAAGCAUGAUUUCGUAGCCCUGGUGAACCUGGCAUCUGCCCUCAUAGUAAGGAAAAGUAUCGAUUACAAGGCCAUCCUACUAUUGAAAGGGAAAUCGUUACCUUGACGGUUUUCACGGAAUUUUGCAAUGUCUCUAUGAUAAAACAGAUCGUGGUAACUGGUUGGCCAUGGUUUGGUAACCGGUCAAGCUUACAUUCAGUGUCAUUUAGUGUCAUCGUGUCAUUUAGUAGUGAAGACUCAGGCUCAUUUCUUAACCGGCGCCCACAUAUAAUGAUUCUUCAAUACUGUAGAUGGCCAGGAUACCUGGCUUUUACCAAUUGGUACCUGUAGAUUGUAUGAAAAGAUCAUAUCUUUGAAGCUUAGAGCUGACGACGUUGUGAUUACAUCUUCCGUAGGCACAUCUGAUUUGUAGCAAAGAAUUUUGUCCUUGUGAAUAAGAGAGCUUCAUACUUGCUGAUUUCGUUCU